AUGGCCAGCCCAGGGGAGCCGCUCGCUCCCCGCCCCGGGGCGGUGCGGCCGGCGGCCGGGGACGAGCCGGGCUUCGGCCGACUCUGCCUGGAGCCGCGGCGCAGUGCAGCGGGCGGGAGCGGCGCGGCCGGCGAGGGUUGCGGCGCGGGCCCGGGCCCGAUCCCCGAGCGGCCCCGCGGCGGCCCGGCGGAGAGCGCCGCGCCCCCGGCCCCCUCGCCCGCGGGCCGCGCCGGCCCCGCGGGGGUCCCGGGCGCCCUCUCCGCGCUCGGCGCCGGGGGCUGCGGCUGGGUGGCGGCCGGCGCUCCGCGCGCGCUCGCCUUCUCCUCCCCCGUCCCCGCCACCGCUCCAUUUUCCUUUUACUUCUGGCCGCCGCCCCCCCGGCCCCCUCCCCCGCCCCUCCCCCCCUCCGCGGCCUCCCCCCGCCCCGCGCGGCUCCCGGGGAGGGCGGGCGCGGCGGCGGCGGGAGGGGGCGGCGGCGAUGCUGGCGGCGGCGGAGGACGGGAGGCGGCUCCGCUGAGCGGCGGCGGCGGCGGAGGGCGGGAGGCGGCUCCGCGGAGCGUCACCCCCGGCGGCAGUCACCGCAGCGGCGGCGGGCGGCGGCGGCUCCUCCUCUCGCCCGCGCUCCAGGGCUUGCUGUUCCCAGCCCGCGCCGGGCCCCGGCCGCCGCCGCCGCCGCCGCGGCUUCCUCCCGGCCCGGCCGCGCGCCGCGCCGACCUCCGGGGCUGGCCCGGCCCCGCCGGCGGCGGCGCCCGGACUCCGCGGCGGCCCCGAGGCGCCGGCGUCGCGCUGCCGCUGCUCUUCGGCUCCGACAUGGACGAUGGACCCUCCACCAACGCGAGCUGCUUCCGAAGGCUGACCGAGUGCUUCCUGAGCCCCAGUUUGACAGAUGAAAAAGUGAAGGCAUAUCUUUCUCUUCACCCCCAGGUAUUAGAUGAGUUUGUAUCUGAAAGUGUUAGUGCAGAGACAGUAGAAAAAUGGCUGAAGAGGAAAAACAACAAACUGGAAGAUGAAUCGGCUCCUAAGGAAGUCAGCAGGUACCAAGAUACGAAUAUGCAGGGAGUGGUGUAUGAGUUGAACAGCUACAUAGAGCAGCGUCUGGACACAGGAGGGGACAACCAGCUUCUGCUGUACGAGCUCAGCAGCAUCAUCAAGAUAGCCACAAAAGCUGAUGGAUUUGCGCUGUAUUUCCUUGGAGAAUGUAAUAAUAGUUUGUGUGUGUUCACACCACCCGGGAUGAAGGAGGGCCAGCCCCGGCUCAUCCCGGCUGGACCCAUCACCCAGGGCACCACCAUCUCUGCUUACGUGGCCAAGUCCAGGAAGACGCUGCUCGUGGAGGACAUCCUCGGGGAUGAACGAUUUCCAAGAGGUACUGGGCUGGAAUCGGGAACUCGGAUCCAGUCUGUUCUGUGUUUGCCGAUCGUCACUGCGAUUGGUGACUUGAUUGGCAUCCUUGAGCUGUAUCGGCACUGGGGCAAAGAGGCCUUCUGUCUCAGUCAUCAGGAGGUUGCAACAGCAAAUCUCGCCUGGGCUUCAGUCGCCAUACAUCAGGUGCAGGUAUGCAGAGGUCUUGCCAAACAGACGGAGCUAAAUGACUUUCUACUGGAUGUAUCCAAAACAUAUUUUGAUAACAUAGUUGCAAUAGAUUCUCUACUUGAACACAUAAUGAUAUAUGCAAAAAACCUGGUGAACGCCGACCGCUGUGCCCUUUUCCAGGUGGACCAUAAAAACAAGGAGUUAUAUUCAGACCUUUUUGAUAUUGGAGAGGAAAAGGAAGGGAAACCCAUCUUCAAGAAGACCAAAGAGAUAAGAUUUUCAAUCGAGAAAGGAAUUGCUGGCCAGGUAGCACGGACGGGGGAAGUCCUGAACAUUCCGGAUGCCUAUGCGGACCCACGUUUCAACAGAGAGGUGGACUUGUACACAGGCUACACCACGCGGAACAUCCUGUGCAUGCCCAUCGUCAGCCGCGGCAGCGUGAUCGGCGUGGUGCAGAUGGUGAACAAGAUCAGCGGCAGUGCCUUCUCCAAGACGGACGAGAACAACUUCAAGAUGUUUGCUGUCUUCUGUGCGCUGGCCCUGCACUGUGCAAAUAUGUAUCACAGGAUUCGCCACUCGGAGUGCAUCUACCGGGUGACCAUGGAGAAGCUGUCCUACCACAGCAUCUGCACAGCGGAGGAGUGGCAGGGCCUCAUGCGCUUCACCCUGCCCGUGCAGCUCUGCAAGGAGAUCGAGCUAUUCCACUUUGACAUUGGUCCUUUUGAAAAUAUGUGGCCAGGGAUUUUUGUCUAUAUGAUUCACCGGUCCUGUGGGACAUCUUGCUUUGACCUCGAAAAAUUGUGUCGAUUUAUCAUGUCUGUGAAGAAGAACUACCGGCGCGUCCCGUACCACAACUGGAAGCACGCGGUCACCGUGGCGCACUGCAUGUAUGCCAUACUUCAGAACAACUACGAGCUCUUCACAGACCUGGAGCGCAAAGGGCUGCUCAUUGCCUGUCUGUGCCAUGACCUGGACCACAGAGGCUUCAGCAACAGCUACCUGCAGAAGUUCGACCACCCGCUGGCUGCACUCUACUCCACCUCCACAAUGGAGCAGCACCACUUUUCCCAGACGGUGUCCAUCCUGCAGCUUGAAGGACACAACAUCUUCUCCGCGCUGAGCUCCAGUGAGUACGAACAGGUUCUCGAGAUCAUCCGCAAAGCCAUCAUCGCCACUGACCUCGCCCUCUACUUCGGGAACCGGAAGCAGUUGGAAGAGAUGCACCAGACGGGGUCACUGAAUCUGCACAACCAGUCCCACAGAGACCGUGUAAUUGGUUUGAUGAUGACUGCCUGUGAUCUUUGCUCUGUGACCAAACUGUGGCCGGUUACAAAACUGACGGCAAAUGAUAUCUACGCAGAGUUCUGGGCCGAGGGUGAUGAGAUGAAGAAGCUGGGGAUCCAGCCCAUCCCCAUGAUGGACAGAGACAAGAGGGAUGAAGUCCCGCAAGGCCAGCUUGGAUUCUACAAUGCCGUAGCCAUUCCCUGCUACACCACCCUCACCCAGAUCCUCCCUCCGACUGAGCCUCUCCUGAAAGCGUGCAGGAACAACCUGAGCCAAUGGGAGAAGGUGAUCCGAGGCGAGGAGAGCGCGCUGUGGAUCUCCGCCCCGCCCGCCCCUGCGGGGCCCGGCCCGGCCGAGAGCGAGAGGCCUCCGGGGAAGAUGGACGACUGA